GCUUUCUGUGGGUCAGGGUUCGGAUCUUCGUGUCGCAGUAAACCGAACCCGACCUGGCUCCGUGAGGAUGGAGAUGUUCAGCAAACUGAGCGGAAUGCUGCUGCAUGCGCUGGAAACGUAUUCUAGUAGCCGGAAGCUUGAUGCUGGCGCUUCUUUUCCCCUGUUGAGACCAGGUGGGGAGGAGCAGAUAGCUGCCGUUUUCAGAGGGAGCCCACAGUCGACCUGCUGAACUCCUUCAUUGAUCAUUGGAAAUCCAUCACUAAUUACUACAUCCAGACCACAGAUGACAGCCGUCCCGCCUCUCAGACGGACAUCCCGUGGCGACUCAGGCAGAUGUCCGACAUUCUUGUGUAUGAGGAAAAACAGCAGGAUGUGGAGGACAUGGGACCCUGUCUGGAGUACCUGCUGCAGCACAAACUGCUGGAGACUCUGUGCACCCUGGGGAAGGCUCAGUAUCCUCCAGGGAUGUCUCAGCAGGUGCUCCUCUUCUUUUUCAAGCUGCUGUCUCAGAUGCAGAAACCUCUGCUGCAGCUCGUCCCUGUCUACAGACCUGUUCAGAAGCUGAUUGGACUCUGUGCACUACCUGGUUCCUGCACUGAGAAGGAGGAAGCUCAGUUUUUAUUGGCUGUGUGCACCAGAGUCACGCAGGAUCCGAGCGUGCUCAGAUAUGUCCUACAGCUCUCAGACCGACCGCUGGCUUCUGGCCAAUCACAGCACUGCUCACAGGCCUCCAAUCAGAGCACAGAGACACCCAGCAGCCAAUCAGAAUCCCUUGCUUCCAGCCCUGUCCAAUCAGAGCACGGGAUGCUGUGGGUUCUGCUGCAACUCAGCAGGAACCAGAGAUCUAAGGUGCGUCAGAAGGCCUGUGAGGGGCUCAUGUUGCUCUCGUCUUUACUUGAUGGAUCUCCUGGGGAGCUGGACCCUGCUGGGACCCAGCUGGGAGAGCUGCUGGCUGGGAGGCUACAGGAGCUGUACUGCCUGCUGCCACUGGAGGAGUUGGAUGCAGCAGAGCUGAGGAGCUGGCCCCGCCCUUCAUGGAGGUCAGAAUCUCAAAACGAUCACGUGACCAGUUUCCUCACCUGGUUCGACUUCUUAGAUCAUCUGACCAGAGAGGCUCCUCAGGUUCUGUCCGUCCAGGUGUGUCGGUGUGUCCGUCAGCUGUGGCUCGUGGAGACUCUUUAUCCUCAGCUGCUGCACACGUGUGAGCAGGACAUCCUUGUCUCCACUUCAGUCCUCUGCUCUGCAGUCAGACUUGUCCAGUCUCCAUCUCUGUUGGACCAGCUGCUUGAUUUUUUGUUGAGGACGCCCUCAUUAAUGGAGCUGCUGCUGCAGCGCUGCGAUCAUAUCUCUGACCAGAUCAGCAUGGUGUCUCUGUCUCUGGUGGACGAACUGCUACAGAAGCCUCACAGGGACAUUCUGGACACCCUGGUGCUGAGCUUUGUGCAGACCCGAAGUUACCUGUCCUUACCUAUAGGGGGUCAGGAGGACAGGCCGCCUGAGAGCAGCGAUGACGGCGAGGACACCCAAGAUCUGGAGGAUGACCCGUUCUUCUCAGAUGGCUUUCCUGACGAACACCUUCCUCAUCAUCAUCAUCAGCAGCAGCAGCCUGCUGCUCCAGGAUCAGCUGCAGAUAUUGUCAACAGCUUCCUGUGUUUGGUUCCGGUCCAGGCGCGAUCAGCCCACUUGGUGCAGGAAGGAGGUUACGAGUCAUACGUGCACGACGCGCGCACUUUGGUGACCCAGUGUCAGUCUCUCUCUCUCUCCUGGGAUUGGCCACAAACUCUUCCUCCUCCCGGUUCUUCAGGUAAGGAGGGAGACUUCUUUGAAGGUCACCUGCUGAGAGUUCUGUUUGAACGUCUGGGACGCAUCUUGCAGCAGCCAUACGAGUUGAACCUGCAGCUGACGGCAAUUUUGUCCCGUCUGUCUGCCUUUAAUCACCCUCUGCUGGACGAGUACCUGCUGGACCCAUACAUCCACCUGUCUUCCUGCAGCAGGUCGCUGUUCUCUGUCCUCGUCAGGGUGAUGGGAGAGUUGAUGCAGAGGAUCCAGCAAGUCUCCGGCCUGUCAGAGCGUCUCUUGGACACCAGGAGACACCUGCUGGGCCAGAACCAGCACACUGGGCUGGAACACCUGACGUUGCUCGAAGGGAUCGUCGUCCUUGAGGAGUUCUGCAAAGAGCUUGCUGCCAUUGCCUUCAUCAAGAUGCCUCUGGACCGGGACCAACAGGACGUCUGUACAGGGACUGAGUCAUCUAGAUUGGAAUCAACCUGACUGUCAGAGUGGGAAUGACCCUCUUGACUGGGACUCACUGUACUGUUGGAUCAGAACUGCGUCUUCUGGACCGGAACUAACUGAGCUGCUGGGGCAGAACUGCCCUAUGUGGACUUGGAAUGACCCUGCUGGACCGGGAGUGAUUCAUUGGGAUAUUGACUCUGUUUAGCUUGGACAGAAAGACCGACCAGGACCGGGACCCAUGCUGUACCUGUGCAUGGGUGUGAACCGGUCCUCUCUGGGUCCACAGGUCUGAGUCCACCUGUGCAAUGAGACUUUCUGAAUGAAGCAGCUGGAUUCUGGUUUUCUGGACCUGGAAAGACUUGUCUUAGGAUUGGACAGUGAUCAGACUCUUCAUCAACUGCUUAGGAGCCCCGCCCACUCACCCAGCAGCCAAUCAUUGGCCACUAUUUCCUGUUACAGAUGAUGGUCCAGCUGCUUCAGGUAACAGCCAAUCAGACCAGAGAAACCUGACAGAAGAUUUAAGACUCAAAGCUGAUUGGGUGUUUUUUUUUUCUGUGAUUAUGAAACCUUAGCUCUGCAAACUAAGACUAGAACCUGACACCUGAGUCAGAUCCAAACCACCAGAACAGAACCAGCCAAAACUAAUCAGAAUUUAUCCUGAUUAUUCUCAGUCCAGUUACUGUGUUUUUAUGCCAAAGAUCAAACAUCAGAGUUUAAGUUGCUGCAGAUGGACCGCUGGCUGUUUGUUUGUUUGUUUGUUUGUUUGUUUGUCAACAACAAAGUGUGACUCAGGCAACAAUCCUGUUUAUUAAUAAACAAUUAAACAGUAGAAACACAUUAAUAUCAGGGAUGAAGCAUGCAGCCCUUCAACAGAUCAGAACUGUUCUGUUUAUUGAAGUCCUGUUUUAUAUUUGGACUUUGCAGGAACUGGUUUGAGUCAGCAGGGGGUGCUAGUGGACACAGAGGAGGAGAGCUAGAUACAAAAAUCUAAUUAAAAUAUAUAUUUUAUUAAUAAACACUUUGUUCUUUUACAAACAAAAAGGCAAAAUACAAGAAUAACAGAGUUCAAGUACAAACAGGAUGCAUUAAAUAUAUAUAUAUAUAGUCUAACAUAGGACAAUAACAAUAAAUCUGAAAUAAAAGGGUUAGGGUUUAGCUUUUAAAUCAUAUUCUUCAGUUAAAGAGAGUAAUUUGAAGGCAUUUUUAUAAGAGCUUUGAGAUAUAACAGAAAGUCAUUAUGAAAAGCAUAAAACUUUGGCUGGAUUUUAAGGUAUUUUGCCUUAUGAAUGAAACAUUUCCCAAGGAUAACAAUAGUGUUGAUAAGAAAGUCAUUGUUUGGAUUGUCUAAAAUAAGGCCAUAUAUUAUGUCUCUGUCAGAGAAGAUAUUGAGAGAGGGAAUUUUAUGGAAUAACCAGUCAAAAACAUCAGCCCACAAAGCCUCAACAUAAAUACACUGAAAAAAUAGAUGCUCAGUUGUUUCAACAGCAUCACAGAAAGCACAAUUUCUGGUUUCAAUACCAAAUCGUUUUUUAAUUAAGUCACUGGAAUCUCUUUGGCUUUUGGAGCAAUUGGAUAUUUGAGGUAUUUGGUGCACAAUUUAUGAAUCGCUUGUAGUUGGUAGAAUCGACGUAACGAUUUUCUAAAUGGAAGUUGGAUACAAAAUAUUAUCCAGUGUGUGUCUGAUGAUUUUAUAAUUAAAAUAUUACCUUCAACAUUCAGACAAUGAGUCUGUCUUUGGGUCAGGUGACGUGUUUAAUGCUGUGAGAGCUGCUACGGGAGCCUGGAUGGUCAAAAAAUUAGCCUUUGGACCUGUAUCGCUGGGGGAGGAGUCUGCAGGACCUUGGUGCAGACAUGAGAACCUGGGCCCGUUUAAAACUUGAGUCCUUAUGUCUGAAUCCAGGUUCUGAUUAAACAAUGAGUCCAACCACAGCUCAGUUUUCCUGUUAAAAGAUGGACACUUAAACACAUCAUCUCUAGUUUUAAAUCUGGGACGAGCUCUGAGAAAUCUAUGGUUCUGGACAUGCAGGCAGUUAGUGGGUCUGUGAGCAGAAGAACCCAUUUAGAGCUUGAAGUGGGUCUCUGGAAAUAAUGGUUUAAAACUGAAUUUGUUUGCUUCAAAAACUGCUUUAUUUGUAUUGAAAAUUCAGUUUGAUUACUUUCACUUUCAGGUCUGAAAUUCAGUUUUUUGUGUCCCACAUCCGGGUUCUUGAAGCCACAGAUUAAUCAAACACAGAUUUACUGAUUCACGGAUGUCCUUCACUGUCGCUGGGUCCAAAUUAAGGACUGCUUUGUAGGCCGAUAACGUCCUAGAUGAGACAACGAAUGCUGUCCAAUCUCCAAGGUUCCAACUAAUGGAUCCUUCUUAUCUCCAGAUUUUAAGGAUGGGUCUGGUGUAUCCUCCAUGUCCCAUGAUUCAUUGCGGGUUGAAGCACAUUGUUCAAACGGAAGUAGCAAAGUAUGGAGGACCGAUCCUGACAAAAUUCAAAUUAAAAGUACAAAUAUAUA